AUGCACAUUCCAACCAAGUGGGCAGAGCGCAAUGAUAAGUUGUACAUCACCCUCCAGGUGGCGUCAGCGAAGGAUGUUAACAUCACCUUCACCGACAAGACGAUCAAAAUCAGCGGUCAGGGCGUCACGCAGCGCUCCAGCGAGCCACACGAGUUGAAGGAUGAAAUAACCCUUCUGAAGGAAAUUGUGCCGGAGAAGUCCAGCUUCAAGGUGCUAGGCGUGUCCAUUCAGGUAUGCGCGGCGAAAAAGGAUGAAGGGUACUGGAACAAGCUGGUGGACCAACCAACGAGCAGCACAAAGAAUUGGCUCUCUGUUGACUGGAAUUUGUGGAAGGAUGAAGACGAGGCGGAUGAGGUGCCCGCCGGAUUUGGCGACUAUGGAGACCUCUCCAACAUGAUGAACAUGGGAGGUAUGGAUAUGGGAGGUAUGGACAUGGGAGCCAUGGAUGACGAUUCGGAUGAUGAGGAGGAGGAUGCACCAGCGGACUUGAAGGAUUUGGAGGAAUAA